UCUGUCUAUUGUAUGAGUUCUCUUGGGGUUUUUUUUGUUUCCCAGGGCAUUUUGUACUUUUCACGGGGGGAUUUAAACCGGCAGUGAAAAGCAUGGCAGAUGAGCAAGAAAUUAUGUGCAAACUCGAGAGCAUCAAGGAGAUCAGGAAUAAGACUUUGCAGAUGGAAAAAAUAAAGGCACGACUGAAAGCAGAAUUUGAAGCCCUGGAGUCUGAGGAGAGGCACCUGAAGGAAUACAAACAGGAAAUGGACCUGCUGCUGCAGGAGAAGAUGGCCCAUGUGGAGGAGCUGCGCCUGAUCCAUGCUGAUAUUAACGUGAUGGAGAAUACUAUCAAGCAGUCUGAGAACGACCUCAACAAGCUCUUGGAAUCUACUCGUCGCCUGCAUGAGGAGUACAAGCCCCUGAAGGAGCAUGUAGAUGCUUUGCGUAUGACUCUGGGAUUGCAGAGGCUGCCAGAUCUGUGUGAAGAGGAAGAGAAGCUGUCCCUUGACUACUUUGAAAAGCAGAAAGCAGAAUGGCAGACAGAACCACAGGAGCCUCCUAUUCCAGAGUCUUUGGCUGCAGCUGCAGCAGCUGCCCAGCAGCUGCAAGUGGCCAGGAAACAAGAUACCAGACAAACAGCAACUUUCAGACAGCAGCCACCUCCAAUGAAGGCUUGUCUAUCCUGUCACCAACAAAUUCAUCGGAACGCGCCCAUAUGUCCCCUCUGCAAAGCAAAGAGCCGAUCUCGGAAUCCCAAAAAGCCCAAGAGGAAACAGGAUGAAUGAAGGCCAGAAGAUGGACAAGGCAACAUGUGACCUGUCCCAGUACUCUACCAGUAGAACUGCAAAUGUGGCCAGGCUUCACUGAAGUGCAGACUCAAGUAUGAUCAACCCA